AUGGCGCAUCCCACUCGCCCAGCCGCGGACGCGCAGGCGUGCAUCGGCCGCGCAGCAACGGCAGCAUCAGGUUCGACCUCCCAACCUAGCUCAUACGGCUCCACUGCUCCCUCACUCCUCGCCGAUUCAGGCGGCGCCUCUCCCGCAGCCCUCAGCUUCUCUUCGGACCCGAUCACACCUCCCUCGGCCGGGCAAAGAAGAGGCACCAUACCAGCCCAUCUGCAGGGAUGGAAGCGGGAAACGGUCUCGCGGCGAUCAUCAAUGGAGAGCGAUAUCUCGCUCGCGGAGGAGGGCGAGGCUAGCCCGUUGUUAGCAGAAGGAGGAGGAGGGGAGGAGGAGGCGGAGAAGUGGUAUCAAGGACCUUUGUUCACAGCGGGAGUCAAGUUGGGGUUGCUGUUUUUGGCGUUUGCGGCGGUGGUUGCAGGGACGUUUUACUACGGGAUGCCAGCGGUCGAUCCUGAAGAUAGACCAGUACUCAAGCUGCCUCGAUCAUUCGCGGAUCUUCAGGCAUUAAAUUCUCUCUUCCAGAAGUAUAAGCAGGAGUAUCCAUACCGCCUACUGGCGGGUGGUGCGGUAUCUUACCUCUUCGUACAGACAUUCUCCCUUCCAGGAUCGAUGUACAUCUCUAUCCUCUUUGGAGCGGCAUACGGCCUCCUCUGGGGUCUGUUCCUGUCGUGCCUCUGCGACUCCCUCGGUUCCGUCCUCUGCUAUACCGUCUCCUCACUCCUGGCUCCUCCACUUCUCUCGAUCCCCUUUUACCGCGCCAAGGUCGAAACAUGGCGUAUCAAGAUUAUGGGCGACCCCAACUCCAACAAAGCUGUAUCAUGGCACGACGUUUUCACAUUCCUGCUCAUCCUCCGAAUUAGCCCAUUCCCGCCACACUGGGUGUGCAACUGCGUCGCUCCUCAUCUGGGCAUCGGCGUGGGUCUAUUCUGGGUGGCUGCUUUCUUUGGAAUCAUCCCCAUCUCUGUCAUCCACGUUACUAUUGGUUCCUCCCUCGAUAGCAUGACCUCCGCCGCGGACUUUCACAUCCUUUCCGCCCGGAACGUCUUCGGUCUCGUCGCCGUUGUCGUCGCCGUUCUCAUCCCCGUCGGGCUCAAGCGGGUCUUCAAGCAAGAUCUGGGCGAUCUCGACAACGCUGAGGCGAUACUCGCUGCUCAACAGAUCGAGGACGUUCAGAUCGUUGUUCCUGCUGUACAUACGUACGGCGCGGUGGGGGCCGAUGCUGACCAAACGAUGGGCAGGCGGUACGUCGCCGUGGAUUCGGGGAUGGAUCUGGCGGGCCCGAGUGAGGGGGAUGAGGAUCUGUAUGCUGCGCCGGUCCGGGGGAAGGGGAAGGGGAAGGUGGUGGAGAUAUUCCCGAAUAUCACAGAGGAAGCUGAGGAGGACAGCGGAGCUGGGCGGACAGUAGCGGUUGAAAAGGUCAGGACGGAGGUGAAGGGGUAUGGGGCUACGGACGUUUACACGCCAAGAGUGGCGCUGUGA